CUGUGAGUGGAGCUUGGUACAGCUCAAAUAGUUUUCAGGUUAAGAAAGCCAGAAUCUUUGUUCAGCUGCACUGACUGAACAGACUUAGUGAAGUUACCUGGCUAAGAGCAGUGAUAGCAGCAGCAGCAGCAGCAGCAGCAGCAGCAGCAACAGAAGCAGCAGAGCUCCUGAGAUAACUCAGUGACCAAAAGAAGCAACAUGGUGUGAUGGAAAGCUGCACACCAAAUCUGGCAAUACACAGACGGGGGUUUUGAGUCAGCCCUGCCAGUUUCUAGCUGCUCUGACUGCCAUUUCUUCAGGCAUAAUUUGACACUAUGGGUCCUCCUCUGAAGCUCUUCAAAAAUCAGAAGUACCAUGAACUGAAGCAGGAGUGCAUCAAAGACAGUAGACUUUUCUGUGAUCCAACCUUUCUGCCUGAGAAUGAUUCUCUUUUUUACAACAGACUGCUUCCAGGAAAAGUGGUGUGGAAACGGCCCCAGGACAUCUGCGAUGACCCCCAUCUGAUUGUAGGCAACAUCAGCCACCACCAGCUGAUCCAGGGAAGACUGGGGCACAAGUUGAUGGUUCCUGCAUUUUCCUGUUUGGCUGUCCAGGAAUCUCACUGGACAAAGACAAUUCCCAAUCAUAAGGAACAGGAAUGGGAUCCUCGAAAACCAGAUAAAUAUGCUGGAAUAUUUCGCUUUCGUUUCUGGCAUUUUGGAGAAUGGAUCGAAGUGGUGAUUGAUGACUUGCUGCCCACCAUCAAUGGAGAUCUGGUCUUCUCCUUCUCCACUUCCAUGAAUGAGUUUUGGAAUGCUCUACUGGAAAAAGCUUAUGCAAAGCUGCUAGGCUGUUAUGAGGCCCUAGAUGGUUUGACCAUCACUGAUAUCAUUGUGGACUUCACGGGCACAUUGGCUGAAAUUGUUGACAUGCAGAAGGGAAGAUACACUGAACUUGUUGAGGAGAAGUACAAGCUGUUCAGAGAACUGUACAAAACAUUCACCAAAGGAGGUCUGAUCUGCUGCUCCAUUGAGUCUCCCAGUCAGGAAGAACAAGAAGUUGAAACUGAUUGGGGCCUACUAAAGGGUAAUACCUACACCAUGACUGAUAUUCGCAAGAUUCGUCUUAGAGAGAGACUUACAGAAGUCUUCAGUGCGGAGAAGCUGUACAUGGUUCGCCUGAGGAACCCUUUGGGAAAACAGGAAUGGAGUGGCCCCUGGAGUGAAAUUUCUGAAGAAUGGCAGCAGCUAACUUCAGCAGAUCACAAGAACCUGGGGCUUGUUAUGUGUGAUGAUGGAGAGUUUUGGAUGAGCCUGGAAGACUUUUGCUGCAACUUUCACAAACUGAAUGUCUGCCGUAAUGUGAACAACCCUGUUUUGGGCCAUAAGGAGCUACAUUUGGUUCUGGGAUGCUGGACUGUGGAUGAUGAUCCGCUAAUGAACCGCUCUGGAGGCUGCUAUAACAACCGUGAUACUUUCUUGCAGAAUCCCCAGUACAUCUUCACUGUGCCUGAGGAUGGGCACAAGGUUAUCAUGUCACUGCAACAGAAGGACCUGCGCACUUAUCGCAGAAUGGGAAGACCUGACAAUUACAUCAUUGGCUUUGAGCUUUUCAAGGUGGAGAUGAAUCGCAAAUUCCGCCUCCACCAUCUCUACAUCCAGGAGCGUGCUGGAACUUCCACAUAUAUUGAUACCCGCACUGUGUUUCUGAGCAAGUACUUGAAGAAGGGCAACUAUGUUCUGGUCCCUACCAUGUUCCAACAUGGCCGCACCAGCGAGUUUCUCCUGAGAAUCUUCUCAGAAGUGCCUAUUCAGCUCAGGGAACUGACUUUGGAUAUGCCCAAGAUGUCCUGCUGGAACCUGGCUCGAGGGUACCCAAAGGUAGUUACCCAGAUCACGAUCCACAGUGCUGAGGGCCUGGAAAAGAAAAAUGCCAAUGAAACUGUAAACCCAUAUUUGGUCAUCAAGUGUGGAAAGGAGGAAGUUCGUUCACCUGUCCAGAAGAAUACUGUACAUGCCAUUUUUGAUACCCAGGCCAUUUUCUACAGAAGGACCACUGACAUUCCUAUUAUAGUCCAGGUCUGGAACAGGCAAAAAUUCUGUGAUCACUUCUUGGGGCAGGUUACUCUGGAUGCUAACCCCAGUGAUUGCCAUGAGCUGAAGUCUCUCUACCUGCGUAAAAAGGGUGGUCCAACUGCCAAAGUCAAGCAAGGCCACAUCAGCUUCAAGGUUAUUUCCAGUGAUGAUCUCACUGAGCUCUAAACGUCCAAUUACAGAGAAUCCUGACAGAUAGAGUUUUCCAUCCUUUUAUUUUUAGGUCAGGUGCCAGGUCUUAACUAAGAUUUAUAAUUAUUGAAGGAAGGAAAUUCACAAUAAUUUGCUUUUCUCUAAUAACUUCUCAUACCUCCUGAUCCAAAUAGCAGCAAUAGCUACAUAACCUAUGUACCUCCAGCAAAUGGGCAUGGAGAGAUGACAGUCAAAUCUGGAGAUCAUACACAUGUUUGCCAAGAAAAGAUCUUUGGGCAUUCCGGGAGUGAGAUUCAGGCAGGACAAUAAUGAGAGCCUGGACACCUUACAGAUGUCUUUGCUGUUUUCAGUUGUCCAAUACAUCUUUCCUAUAGGACAUGUUGAGGGAGGAGGGAUGAUCAAGGCCAAGCUGGUCUAGCCUGGCAUCCCAGCUCCUGACUGACACUACAGACUUUCCAGCAGCAUUUCACCUAGCAGCCAAAGCCAACUUCAAGGUUCCCACCCUUACCCCAACCAUCACCAUCACCACCACCACCACCUCUGGAAAGUGUAAUCCUGCCCUCAUCCAAGUCACCCCCCCCCACAGUAAGUUUUACCUUCAUGUUGAGCAAGCUUCCUAGGUGCUUAAUCAAGAGCUGGAGUUCAAUGAGGCUAGACAGUGAGAAGGGACUGAUAUUGAGCUCAACAGAAGCCAGCUGUAUGUCAUAAGAGGGAAAAGUGCAAGAAACUGCAGUGGGAGACAAAGUCUUGGUCCCCCACCAUCCACACACACCUACACUCACACAUGUGAAUGUGGGAGCGCAUGAACUACCGUUAAGGCUGUCAGUGGGCAAAAGUGAGGACAAGUUAAGUAUCACACACUCCGAAAAGAUGAGAGGAUCCACCCAUGAAGAGUACAGCCAGUUUGGGGCCCCUGACUGCAAUGUGAAACCUCUUGCUGCUGCUAGGUUUACAAAUAAGCCCCCUGUGCUGUGCCUUCGAAUACAGGUACUGAAGGCCCCAUGUGGGAGCUUGAGACUUUAGGUCCCAGCCCAGCCUCUUCAGGCUUUUCCCUCAGUUGGGAAGCGUCACGCCUUAUGGGAAAUUUUCUCUAGUCAGUCAUUAUAGAAUGUUCUUCCCUCUAUCUUCAUCUAUCAAUAUUCUACCCUUCCUUUAAGGCUCAGCAUAAAUGCCACCUCCUCCAUGAAACCCUCACUACUCCUAUCCCCAUACCCUAACAUCAACAAUAUUUCAAUGCUUCUGCAAUGAUGAAAAAGAAAUGUAGUCAUAGUACUUAGUCUAGUCUGGCACGCACUCAUUUUAAAAAUAUGUUUUGUAGUUUUUUGUUUUUCACUUCACUCAUUUUCUACCACAUUUUCUGAUCUGUGUAACUUCCACAGUGCCUUCACCAAACUGCCUUAACAUAAAGCAAAUCACAAUAAAGUUCAUAUUCAAUAAAUUGACCAGUCUAGACUUCAAUUGAUGCCACAAGAGAGAUGACCAAAAUGACCAUCUGUUGAGACAUAUUUUGGAGUUAUGGUAAGUGCAGGAUUGGGGGAGAAACUUUGUAAAACUUGAGAGCAGGUAAAAGUCUGAUAAAUUCAGAGAAAUUGGCUGUACUUUGAUGGUGUAGUUUUUCAUCUCUGUGGUGGGAUGGCUGGGAGAAUUGAGAGGGUUUAUCUUUCAUUAGACAUCCAGGAGCAGUUGA